AAAAACCUUGCGGACGGUUUAAUCACCUCCGACUGCACCUGCGGGAUCUCAGAAGAGGCCGAGUGGCAACUUCGUAGCUUGGAGUGAGCGACCCGCCAUCUCCCGCUCUAAGGCAUAAAUUGGGGUAGUGGCUUCUCGUUGAAUCGUCGCCUCCAGUAGCUGACUCUGGAGAAAGCAUCACAAGUGUAGGCAAAUUAGUGAAAAUGGAUCAUGAAGAUCAGAAAUGCCACUUUCAGGACCAAGAAAAGCUGAUAGAAAAACCAGAUCAGGAUUCGUCUUCCACAUCUCUGCCCAAGUUGACCGACUGCAGUGGCCAGGACGGGACUGGAGAGAGGCCUCUGCCAAACCAGACAGACAUUGUUAAAGCUCUUGAAGUGGUUGAGAGAGACUCUGUUGCUAUUGCCGAGAGCUUCACAUCUCUAUUUGCUUCACUUCGGUUAGCCCUUUCUGAGGUAACUUCUUGCUCAACAGAUCAUAUGCAGUGCUUCAAUGAUGCUGCUGGGCGCCUUCAAGAAGCUGUGCUUGAUGCAGCAACAAAAGGAAAUCGGUACAUAAAUUCCUGUCUAAGAUUAAAUGAAGAAAUGAAGGGCAUGGAAAGUCUAGCGACACAAUUAAAAAUUCUGAGGAGGAAUGUUGAUGCUCUAGAUUCUGCUGUCAACAAGCUUGUCCGCCUUCCAUGACAUCGAUAAGCUGUCAAUGCGCUUCUGUUGCCUUACUUAAAGAUAUCUUGUUAUUAGUCCUUAGACUUGACAAUAUGAUCCUUGAUGUGGUGGGCAUCGGGUACUUAUGUCAUGCUUCAUCCAUGAGCAAUUAGCGAGAGGAAAGAAGAUGAUCACCUCACUUUAAGGUUCAUUUUCGCCAUCCUCCUGCUUCUUUUGCCGUUAGUUGUAUAUUAUCCCCCUGAAUUUGGUCUACCUUCACCUCACUUUAAGGUUCAUUUUCGUCUUCCUCCUGCAUCAUUUGUUAAGAUCGACUCAGCUUGCUGCGAUUUCUAGAAUCACAGCUGAGGCAGAGUAGCCAGAAUGGCUUGUCAUGUGACUUAAUGUGAGAUGCCAUGCUCAUUCUAGUGAGGAAAUCUGUAGUUUUUGGGGCUCUGUUAACUUGAA